CACCAUCGCAGCGAGCCAGUCGAGCCAGUGGCGUAGCCGCAUCACAUUUCCGUGCAACUAAGCCGGCCAAGUAGUGCGGAGCGGGCGGGGAAUAUUGCACUUCGGCUCAGCUCUGGUCAUCUGCGGGACCGUAUCUUGCAUGAAGGGCCUUGGCCCUCAUAACGCUUAUGAGGAGGAGGCAACUUUAUGAUAGGGAAUAAUUUCUCUUCUGAUGUAAGGGCCGCCUAGAGCAUUAGUUUGUUCUUGCAAGGAAAUAGGCCGGUAACCGGCUCUCCGGCGAAAAUGACUGAAUAAAAGCUGCAACACCCCACACUCUUAUGGUAGAUUCUAUCUACACUGUUGUCGCUUCUCGAACUUACGCGAUAGACAUCUGUCAUCAUGGGCUUAUACAAGAAUCUUGACGAUAACUUCGGAGAAGUUGAUGUUAUCAUCGCUGGAGGUGGUACAGCAGGAUGCAUUGUUGCAGCACGAUUGGCAGAAGCAGACCCGGGGCUCUCGAUUCUGGUAAUCGAAGGUGGCCAAGAUAACUACAAUAACCCUGCAGUAGUAACGCCGGCGAUGUUCCUCACUCAUCUUGCACCCGAUUCGAAGACUGCGCUCUUCUACAAAGCGAGGAAGUCGGACCAACUCGCAGGACGAGAAGUGAUUGUCCCGUGCGGUGGCACUCUAGGUGGUGGAUCCUCAAUUAAUUUCAUGAUGUACACACGUGCGCAGAGCGACGAUUUCGACUCGUGGAAAACCCCAGGAUGGACGGCCGACGAGCUUUAUCCCUUUCUUGAAAAGCUAGAGACAUAUCAUGGCACAAGCGAUGGGGGACACCACGGCCACAACGGACCUGUUCAAGUCUCCGACGGCACGCUACGCGUGAAGAGCGUAGAAGAUGACUUCCUCUCCGCCGUAGCAAAAAUGGGAUGGCAGGAGAUACCUGACUUACAGACUCUCAAUCACAAUCACGCAUGGGCACAGUAUAAGAGAUAUAUCUCACCCGAUGGGAAGCGAUCCGACGCCGCCCACAUGUACCUGCAUCCGCGUCUUCACGAUGGCAAGCAUCCCAACCUGCACGUUCUCGUUGAGUCACAGGUCGUGCGCGUCUUGUUCGACAACGAUAAGCGUGCCAACGGCGUCGAAUAUCAAUCGAACCCACUGUUCAACCCUCAGGACAAGCCCGCAAAGCGUACGGUUCGCGCGCGCAAGCUGGUGAUCGUGUCGAGCGGCGCGUGUGGCACGCCGUUGGUGCUCCAGCGCUCAGGUCUUGGACACGCCGACGUCCUGGAGAAAGCCGGCGUGCCACUAGUGGAACACUUGCCUGGCGUCGGUAACGACUACCAGGAUCACAACCUGAUUUUAUUCCCAUUCAAAACAUCGUUACAGCCCCAUGAGACAUUGGACGAGUUGCUUUCGGGCCGGCUAAGCUUCGAAGAAGCUGCGAAGAAGAAAGACCCUCGACUCGGCUGGAACACGAUAGACGUCGCUGGCAAGCUGCGUUUCACUGAGGAAGAUGCGGCGUCACUCGGUCCUGAGUUCAAGGCCGCGUGGGAGCAAGACUUUAAGCAUAAGCCGAACAGGCCGGUGAUGCUCAUGGCGUUGUUGAAUAGUUACUUUGGCCCGCCAGGUGCUGUCGAACCAGGCCAAUACGCCACCAUGGGUAAUUAUACAGCAUAUCCUUAUUCGCGAGGGCACAUCAAUAUCACGGGACCCGAAGUCGGCGACCCGCUGGACUUCAACGUCGGGUUCUUUACAGAUGCGGGAGACAAAGACGUCAAGAAGCAGGCAUGGGCAUACAAGAAAUCGCGCGAGGUAAUGCGACGCACAUCGAUGUACCGUGGUGAAGUCCCAGGGUUCCAUCCGCCGUUCCCCGCCGACUCCAAAGCGGCGCUCGUCACGCUCGACACCGCGCUGGACACAUCUACUGUUACGGACAUCGAGUACAGCGCCGAAGAUGAGAGGAUCUUAGAGCAGUUCCUGCGCGAGAACGUUAACACGACGUGGCACUCGAUAGGCACUUGUAAGAUGGCGCCGCGCGACCAGCUAGGUGUCGUGGACAAAGACCUUAAUGUGUACGGUGUCAAGGGUCUGAAGCUGGCGGAUCUCAGUAUUCCGCCCGAGAACGUUGCUGCUAAUACCAAUAAUACCGCUCUUCUCGUGGGCGAGAAAGCUGCGGAUAUUUUUAUCCGGGAACUGGGGCUAGCAUAGUCGUCUGACUACUUAGAAUACAAAACGUAUCUGCUUACAUGUAGGGAUCAAGGGCAAUCGCUACCACAGGCAACCACUGUUGUCCAGAAGGCUGGGCGUGUUAUGAGCAUCUCUUGUCUGCUCACCUUGAUGAUUGAUGGUCUAAGUUAGCACUCAUUGUAGCGCUUACGUAUGUAGAACGAUGCCCACCCCUGUCAUUUGCUUCCCUCGAUUUCAUUCUCUUGCAUUAGUUUCGAGCUCGUAAGGAGCUAGGUGCUUUCGGAGAGUUUCUAGCCCAGGGC